AUGAUACCGAAUAUUUUCUCCGCUUUAUCUUUUCAUAUAAACAUUUCAAAAUAUGGAGGUAACAAGUUAACCAACCCAUCUCCAAAAGCUAAGCCUUUGUCACCAAAUAAAAACAACUGUAAGCCACACAACAGCCCAAAUGUUGCUACGCGUGCUGGUCCCAAAAAAGCGAACACUCGCAAGAAACGUACAGUGCGAAACUCUCUUGUGAGCUCUCCGCCUAAACCGUCCCAAGUUGGGAGCAAAAGGGCAAAGGGGUUGAAUAAUGCCUCGCCCCAUCCACCCGGUGUGAAGAACUCUGUGAAGUCUGCAAUUUAUAUUCCGGUUUCCAAGGCGACAAAUCGGUCGGAAGCUCAUCCUAAGCCUUCAUCUGUCGCCAUGACCUGCUCUGACAAGCUGUCCCAUUUGCAAGGAAUAAAAUCUCCUCAUGGCAAGGAGGACUCUGUCUAUUCCACUCCAGUCCAGACCCCAUCGAAGUUAAACAACCUGACUACCACACUGAGUCCAAAUGUGACAACCCGAUCGUCAUCCCCUCGGGAGAAAAUACUGAACAGCCAGUUUGUGACGACCAGGUCAACUCCUUCCUCUCAGAAAACCUCUCAUUCUCCAUCUCCGACUUGCAGUUGGUAUAGUGCUGAGGAUUCUCUAGAGUUCUUCCCUAAUGAACUAAGUUCAAGUUACUGUUCAAGUCCUAAUGCCAAUUGGAGUAAGCAGUAUUUCUCUCCAUUAUUUGAUGAUUCUGCUAUUGUCGAAGCUUCAUGUUCUGGCAAAAAAUAUUUUAACUUUCCGGAAGCAGUAAAUUUGGAAGAUGUCUGGGCACAAGAAGUACAACCAGCAACAGAAGGGCAAAGAUCUUUUCUCACUGGGGAUCUUGGCAGCUGUUCUGUGUCUCAAGGUGACACAUAUAGCAACAGGGUGCCUUGUGUGGGCCAUUCACUCCUUGGUGAAAGGCUUGAAAAAGUUUUGAAUAUACCUGUGUCUCCUCAAAAAAGCUUGGAUGAACAAUCAUACGUAGACUUUCAAAAGUUUCUGGACAGACUUGAAGGCACGACAAAAGUACGUAAAAAGUUGUCAUUGUCACUUGAUGAUUCCAAGUCUGUGAAAAGUAGUCCCACACUGUCACCAUUGUGCUGCGAUUGCCGAUUACCUGAUGAAUUGUCCGAGGCAGAACUGGAUGAAAUCACUUGGAUCCACACAACAUGUAACGGGCAGCAAGUAGCUUCCCGAGUUUUCUUUGGAGAACAGACGAGUGAUAGUUUUGCAGUUUUUCCACCUCCAAGAAGUCCUCGUCAUCUGAAAUGGUCAGAGAAUUUGGUCCAAGAGGAAUAUGAUAAAAUUGCCAGUCAUAAUAAAACCACUAGCACUCCUUUGAAAUCAAUUCUGAAAAAGCGGCCUGAUCAUUUUGUUUUUCCAUACAAUGGAGAUGAGCCUUCCCCAUACUUGAUUACACGAACCAGACAUCUCUAUUCACCACUUUGGGAUCGGACUUUCCUCCCCUCCCCUUUUUUUCAUGAUAGCAUAUCUCUCCCUCCUCACAGGACUUAUUUUGGCAGUUUUUCUUUUUUCUAG